AUGCAACCAACAAAACAAGCAGUUAAUUUGCUUCAAAAUCUCAUUUUUUUUCAGGAUCGAUUUUCUGAUUUUGACAAAGAAGAGCUUGACCGGGCAAUUGCACUCUCUAUUGCCGAAGAAGACGCGAAAGGGAAAAAAGUAGUAGAUGAUGAUGAUGAUGAUGAUGAGUCCCGAUUGCAGGAAGAUGAAGAGCUGGCCAAGGCUAUCCAAGAAGGCUGGAAUCUGAAGUUAUCUCCACCUCGUUCGCCUCCUUCUCCAUCACCUCCACAUCGAUCACCUAGAUAUGAUUACGGAAUUUCUUAUCGCCUUAUCCUUUCACGAACCCUUCAGCAUACAGAGUGUUUUCUUUGUAAUGCUUGCAAUCACCCAAUAUCGGAUUAUGAGGUAGUUAAGUUUUCCUUGUCUGCUAAUCAUCCUUUUCAUAAGUCCUGCUACAAGGACCUGCAUCACCCGAAAUGCGAUGUCUGUAAACAGUUCAUCUCAACAAAUGGGGCCGGACUUAUCGAGUACAGAGCACAUCCUUUCUGGCACCAAAAGUACUGCCCUACGCACGAACAUGAUGGGACACCUCGCUGUUGCAGUUGUGAAAGAAUGGAGCCUGUGGAUGCCAGAUAUUUAAUUCUUGAUGAUGGAAGGAAGCUCUGUUUGGAGUGCCUUGACUCGUCAAUAAUGGAUACCCACGAGUGCCAGCCCCUUUACCUCGAAAUACAGGAAUUUUACGAGGGUUUAAACAUGAAGGUGGAGCAGCAAGUCCCGUUACUCUUGGUCGAGAGACAAGCUCUUAAUGAGGCCAUGGAAGGAGAGAAAAAUGGUCAUCACCAUAUGCCCGAGACCAGAGGACUUUGCCUGUCGGAAGAGCAAACUGUUAGCACGAUAUUGAGGCGGCCGAGAAUAGGUGGAUACCGAAUAGUAGACAUGAUCACGGAGCCUUACAAGCUCGUUCGGAAAUGUGAAGUAACGGCAAUCCUUAUUUUGUACGGUUUGCCUAGGCUGUUGACUGGUUCGAUUUUGGCUCAUGAGAUGAUGCAUGCAUGGCUACGACUCAGAGGUUAUCCAAAUCUUAGUCCAGACGUAGAAGAAGGCAUAUGCCAAGUGCUGGCCCAUAUGUGGUUAGAUUCUGAAAUUGUAGCCGGUUCUGGUAGUAAUGCGGCAUCUACUUCAUCUUCAUCAUCAUCAUCUUCUUCUUCUUCAUCUGCCUUAUCGUCAUUGACAUCAUCAUCGUCUGGAUCCUCGAAAAAGGGAAAACGGUCUGAAUUCGAGAAAAAGCUGGGUGAGUUUUUCAAGCACCAGAUAGAAUCGGAUUCUUCUGCUGCUUAUGGAGAUGGGUUCAGAGAAGGGAAUAAGGCAGUGCUCAAGUAUGGCCUCAAGAGGACUCUCGACCAUAUUCGACUCACCGGAAGCUUCCCUUGUUAA